ACAGAGUCAUGCGAGCAGUUAGAGUCAUAUUAUUUGCUAAAGUAGAGAGCAGUGAAACGGUUAAAAUAAUUUUGUUAUCGUUUACAAAUGAUGUGCUAUUUCUUGUUAGUUAGAUCAAAUAACCUAUGGUUAGAUAUAAAUAUUAUACGAAAGCCAUUACGGCACAGGAUUAUCAGUCUUAUUAUUUAACCCUUUUGACAACACGAUGAAUAAAUGAACGCAAGAGGCCAAAGAAGUGUGCAGUCUAAUCAUCAGAGCUUAAGCACAUUCACUUCUUGCAUCAUAGAUUUACGAAAGAAUUGAAUUCAGUUAGCUCACGACCUUUCAUUGCGUACAUAGUUUCGCCAGUAAUCAUUGCACUGAGGAGACCAGAUGCCGAAGUAUGUAUUAAACAUAAAAGUGUAAUGACUAUCUUUGAUGUUAAUUUGUUUGAUAUGAAAAUAGGUGUAUGUGGCUAAUAAGUUGACAGAGGGUGAUUUGUUGAGUUUUGGAUUUGUUUACGUUCAGGAAAGACGUCAAAAUUUGUGAUUUAAAAUGAUUUGUAGGUAGCUACUGCUUAAUACAAAAGGUCAACAAUAGCAGCUAGCACAUGCCAUUCGUUCAAUGGCGUGGUUUAAAGAUUUAGCUGGAAAAGCUGAAGACCUAUUGAAUCAAAUAGACCAAAAUGCUGCGGUUGCUUUCCAAAAUGAAAAGAAAGAGAAGAUGAACUCACCAUCUCCAACGUGGGAGUCAUUUCAGUCUGGUUUGAGUUGUGAACUGGCAGAAACAAAGGAUUCGUAUCAGGAAACCGAUGCACUUGCAAUCGUUGUUGACUCCGGUUCCACGACUUCAGAACAGAUUCUUACCACAGAACCGUAUGAAAAUGGAUUCGAGGUGCCCAAUGUGCCAGAAAUUAUUACUGUUGCAACAAAUGAUGCAUUAGAAUAUUCCACAUCAGUAAGAAACAUUGAUAAAGAAAUGUUUGAUGAUGCCAUUAGUGUGAAGAAGGUACCAACUGAUCUACCCCAAGAUGAACAGAAUGAUCAGUUAACUGAAGCGCUUGUGACAACAAUGCACGUAUGGCAGCAGGCUGAAACCGAAAAGACUGAAAGUGAAAAACAUGAAAAUAGUUCUGCUAAAUCCAAAUCAUCAUUAAUGGCAGAUCAUGCUAUUUCUAUGAGAGAACUGCAAAAUGCAAAGACAGAUAACGAACUUUUGCAACAAAGACUGACAGCUGUUGAGACAGAUUGUAAUGAGUACAAAGACAGAGUUGCGUAUCUUCAGCAACAGUGGAACACUAUGACAAAAAUGCAGACUCACUUGAGAGAUGUUAAUGAAAAGAUGAGUUUUCUUGAAGAAAUCCUUAAAAAUACUCACGAUAUUGACUGGCAUCACAUCCAGGACAGUGACACAAAAAAUGGUGUCAUCGGAACAAAUAAAACUGUUCAAUUGCUUGAGGAGUUCAUGCAAAUUAAAAAUGAGGACAAGGGGCCUAAGGAGGACCACAAACUUGUGAAACAGCUAGAAUUACUGCAUCAGUUGUUGGAGCACUUUAGCCGCAAACUGGAAGUCUUAUCUGUAGCAGUUAAGAAGAGUGAAACUGAACGGCAGGAGGCCUUGCAAUUGGAAGAGAUUGCACGCAGGGAUGCUGUUGUAGCCCGACAAGACUUUGACCAGUACAAAUUACGAGCGCAGCGCAUUCUUCAAGACAAGGAACGCGCUCUUGCUCAACUACGUGGAGAAAUUUCAGAUAUCAAUUCAGGAGUCACCCCGACAGAUGACACACACUAUCUGGAACUGCAGGCUCUGCGACACGAACACGAAGUAGUGUGUGAAGAAGUUUUGCAAUUGGAAGCACGCUUGCAAGGUAUGAGAGAAGAAUUAUGUGAGGCAGAACGGCGCUUGGCUACUGCUCGUGACACAGAACGUAGGCUCCAGGAAGCUCUAGAAAGUGAACGACGAGCUCGUCAAGCAGCUGAGGAUGAUUGUCGAGCACACAUAGAGGAACUUCGAGCGGUAAGAGAGGAUUUGUUUGUGCAGCAGAGCACAUUAACUACUAAAGUCCGUGAUCGUGAAAUUGAACUCAAUAAACUACGUAAACAACUGUCCCAAAGACCAGUUUUGCCUUCAUCUAAUGAUAUUGAAUCUCGGUUGCAUAGUCUUACUCAUGCACUUGUUCAAAAACAGAGUGCAGUGGAGACUCUUACAGCAGAAAGAAAUGCUGCACAGUUGCAGCUAGAAAAAUUAGAGCACAAACAUCAAGAGCUACUCACUCACAUCCAUCGUUCUCCGGCUGGCUUUGUCAAUCUGAAUGAUACAGAUGAUGCCAAGGCUCAAGUCCCCAGCCUUUUUGUCGAAUCACCAUUUGACACGGGAGUGACACGCAGAGUAAAAAGGGCUUAUACAACACUUGAUGCUGUCAGUAUUAGGACUGGUGUCUUUUUAAGGAGGUACCCAUUGGCCCGAGUAUUAGUAUUUUCUUACAUGAUUCUUCUUCACAUUUGGGUGAUGGUUGUAUUGUUCACAUACACUCCUUCUGCUCAAGGAGGACAGUGAAACUAGAGAAUCUGCAGAAAUUAUCUUAAAAAUUGGUCCAACAGUACAUAUCCUGUUGUGAUUAAUCUCUAGUUCAUAUUUAUUUAUCUAGAAAUGGAAUACUUUGGAACUAGAGUGAAACCAUCAGUAAUUGCAUUGUAUUCCAGUUUGUUAUUAUCUGUGUAUAGUUAUUACUAUAUUAGUCUAAGCUAAUUAUGUUAAUAUGAAUGUAAGUUUCUUAAAAAUCGAGGAAUAAUAUCAACAAGAUGUGAUGAGCAAAGUUUUUGAGUACAUCGAGAUUAAGGUCAUGGUGAAAUACCAUUUUCUGAGUGUUGAUCUAUGAAUACAGUCUAUUACUGGUUGUAAAUUUUAUUUUAUAUGCUAGAAGAGAACUGUGUAUGCAGGGAAUACUUUUAUACUGCUGAUGUAUCCAUUUAUUUUGCUUUAUGUGCUCUUUCCUGUGUUGCUUAAUCUGUCAUCAGUGUCAAAUGUAAUUUUUUUGGUGUUGCUAAUCCUGUCAUCAAUUUCAAAUGUGACUAAACUAUGUCACUACAACUUUUGAAUCUGAAAAUAAAGGUGUUCAAGGUAUCUUAA